AUGUCUUUUGUAACGCAAGGUUCCAUUCCAGAGGUUUUGGAAACGAAUGCGAAUGAUUCGCUGACCGAGAGAACGCAAUGUCUGAGCGAUAUCCAAGAUCUGGGCCCCCCAGAUAUGGUGCACCUGAUAAAACACAACCCAAGCACCAAAACCGAGAUCGGGACCUAUUUAUAUUACACAGGCAGUGAUGUUUCCAACUCUGCGUGCGUUGCUGCUCUUCUCCAUUCGAUUGCCGAUAUCAUAGGCGAAACUCCACAAGUGUGGUUUGGAAAGCACAAGCCUUGGAAAGUGCAGGAAGCCACGUACUGUGCCUAUAAUGCGUUUUCGAAGCUGGACACGAGAGUCAAUGUCCAUUUUCCAGGUGGAGUUUCUUCUUCCAUGCUUGAUGCUGAGGGCAAUCCUGUCAUUGAAAAAGAUAGAUACUGGCUUGAGACCGCAGUGAGCUCGGUUGUCAGAGCUCUGAUUAGCGCUGAUGACGAUGAGGCCGAUUUCUCCUCAAUUGUUGAAAUCCGCAAGAUCAAUCCUUUUCCAAACGAGGAAACCAUUACCAUUUUCCUGAAGGGAUGUGAGGAUUUGUUUUUUGAAGGUCCCAAAUUGGGCUGUGCUCCGACAAUUCAGCUCCCAACACUUGCCUCGAAUUAUUUGGUGGAUGCAUUCAUGAUUGCAGUUUCAAUAACGGGCAAGUAUCAGGAGGGACUCGAGAUUUUGACUAGACUGGCACAUAAAGAGCCCUCUGUUUCCUAUCUGAUUGCAAAGUUGCACUUCAUGAGUUCCCAUGAGGUUGACGGCAUUGCGGCCCUAUACGAGACGUCAAGAGAAAGGCCACUUGACAGCAAUUUAUUGAUGACUCAAGCCGAAUUUUGUUACGAGAAAGGCAGGUUUGACCUUGCACUUCCUGUUGCGAUAAGGGCAGUUAACUCUUCUCCUUCUGCUUUCCUACCAUGGGCGUUGUUGGUGAAGGUUUAUAUUGCGACUGGAAACUACGAGCAAGCUUUAUUGACCCUCAACUCGUGUCCAAUUGUGACUCACAAAGACAAAUAUCACCUCAGAAGAGUUACAAUUCCACCAACAUCAAACUUGCACUUGCCGUUACCAGUGGAUGUAACCUUGCCCGAGGUUUCCUCGUUGAAUUCCCAAGAUGUGGCCAACGAACACAAAGAGGUAGACCAGACCCUCUUGAACUUGCCAGCUGGUAACCUCAAGUCUACUUUUGCAAUAGCGUAUGGUCUGCUGACAGAAAUUGUACGCAAGACUGGUUGGGAGGCAUUGCUGAAAUUUAGAGCCAAAGUUUUCGUCAUGGAGGAGGAAUACCGCAAAGAAAAGAGCGAGUCGUCUACAACUUUGGCAACUAAUGGCAAUGUGGAAGCUGCAAAUGGCGGUUCCGAGACACCUAAAGAAGACUACAGGAAAAAGAGGCUUUGUGAGAGGUGGCUGGACAAUCUAUUUAUGCUACUCUACGAAGAUUUGAGGGUUUACACCAUGUAUCGUGCCGAAUUGGUUCACUUCACUGCUCAACAGAUGGAGUUCAAGAAGAGCACUCUGGAGUGGGAGCUAUUGGGUUUGGUUUCCUCGAGACUAUGCCAUCAAAAGGAAGCAGCCGAAGCCUAUAACCUUGCACUAUCGGGAAGGUUCUCGGUUAGAUCGUCUAAGAAGCUGCUUGGCUACUAUCAGGGGGAGAAAAAGAGAAUCAAGAGGAUCGAAUCGGGCCAGAAAAAGAAGGACGAGGGUUCAAUGACAUCUGAGGAAAUCGCCAAAUAUAAACAGACGCUUCAGAAGAAGAUUCUGGACUUGGUUGUGAAGCUGAGUAUUUGGAACCAUAGGUGGUACUCUGAGUUUUCUCCAAUGUUGUUGGAUGCUUUGGCUUCAAUGAUUGAUGAUGCUGGAGUAUUGAAGGUUGAAAGUGAGAUCAGGGCCAACUAUGCGACAGAAACAAACGGUGUCUUUGAGCUGAUCUCUGACUCUCUUGAGUUUCUCAAAACGCAUCAUUUUUACCGCCCCGAUGAAUAA